AUGAAGCUACUUUUACCAGCAUUAGCGCUGUUUGCGGUCAUCUACGUCGUUGGUCUACCAAUCGACCCGACCGCUUCGUUGCAGCCACGUAAGGGCGGUGGAGGAAAAGGAGUUGGUUCACGUCCGAAAAAACCCAGCGGGAGAACAGGCAUUGCGCGUGGCGGCAACCGCGAUAACUCCGGCGGUUCGACGAAGACAGGCAGCGGCCCGGCGCCCGCUUACGGCAGAGGUCGAUACUAUGGCGGUGGUGCCUCGAUACCCUACAAGGCUGGAGAUGCUCGGGGUGGCAUAACAGCGGUUCUACUCGUUGGUUCUGCUGUCGCCUUCUGGCCCGGCCUUUGGAUGAGCAUUUACGUGUACGACCAUACCCCUUACCUGUUCUACAACGCGUCGAUACACGAAUACCAGAAGAAACCGGUCCUCUGCGGAUGUGCCGAACACCAGCCUUGCGGAUGCGACUACAACAACAGCACGGAGUAUAUUAACUCUAUCCUUGGUGACGGUAGCUACAAUGGCUUGAACAAGUCUGUUGUCAAUAUCGCGGACUACAUGGGUGAGAGUACUAUUCUCAUCAAUGGCACCCUUCCGAACGGCACGACCGCCGCUGGUGGCAACGACGAAGUUGGCUCAAAUGCGAUCCGGCUGGCUGCUAGGAGUCUCCGGCUUGCGUGGGUGGUGCCAGUUGUUUUUAUCUUCUCCAUAGUAUAG